UGUGUCCGGAAGAAGCAUCUACUCGCCCUCUCUGUGUUUUCUGACAGUAAAAGCUCCGAAGAAGAAACGCUGGAGUUCCAGGAACUUCGGUCCCGGCUGCUGUGACAGUGGGGGGCCGGCGGGGAGAGCCGGGGAACCGCCGGCGAGCUGAAACAUGGGCCUCCUGGCGAGGAUACGAAAGGAGUGGUUCAUCAUCGGGAUCGUGCUGGUCAUCUUCUGGGCCAAACUGCAGCCCAGCAUCGGAGUGAAAGGAGGUCCUUUAAAGCCAGAGGUCACCGUAGCGUACAUCGCCGUCUCGCUCAUCUUCUUCAACAGUGGCCUGUCGCUGAAAACCGAGGAGCUGACCAGCGCACUGCUUCACGUGCGGCUCCACCUCUUCGUUCAGUCCUUCACGCUCAUCUUCUUCCCGCUCGCCGUGUGGCUGCUGCUCAGGGUGCUCGCGCUGACCGCCAUCGACCAAUGGCUGCUCAAAGGGUUACAGACGGUGAGCUGCAUGCCCCCUCCGGUCUCUUCCGCCGUUAUUCUCACCAAGGCUGUCGGAGGCAACGAGGCCGCCGCCAUCUUCAACUCGGCGUUUGGAAGCUUCUUGGGAAUCAUUGUCACACCUCUGCUGCUGCUGCUCUUUCUCGGCUCUUCGUCCUCCGUUCCCUUCUCCUCCAUCUUCGCUCAGCUCUUCAUGACCGUGGUGGUGCCUCUGAUCCUGGGUCAGGUGUGCCGUGGUUUCCUCAGGGAGUUUCUGGAGCGGCGAAAGCCUCCGUUCGGUGCCGUCAGCAGCGCCGUCCUCCUCAUGAUCAUCUACACCACCUUCUGUGACACCUUCAGUAAUCCCAACAUCGAGCUGGACCCCACCAGCCUGCUGCUGGUCGUCCUCAUCAUUUUCUCCAUCCAGAUCAGCUUCAUGCUGCUCACGUUUGCCUUUUCCACCAGGUCGGGCUCCAGGUUCAGCCCCGCGGACACCGUCGCCAUCGUGUUCUGCUCCACGCACAAGUCUCUCACUCUGGGUAUCCCCAUGUUGAAGAUCGUCUUUGAAGGUUACGAGCACCUCUCUCUGAUCUCGGUCCCCCUCCUGAUCUACCAUCCGGCUCAGAUCCUGCUCGGCUCCGUCCUCGUGCCCACCAUCCGCAGCUGGAUGACCAGCCGGCAGAAGGCGGUGAAGCUGUCAGCGCUGCAGCCCAUCUGACGAGGGGAAGAUUAAAGCUUUUGUGGGGUUUCUGGUGUCUGAUACAAAGCAGGCUAUGGCGGAGGAAUGCAGUACUCAUACGUGCCUUAUUACUACCAAUCAACAAAGACCUCAGCUCAGUGGAGGGAACGAGAGGAACCGCUUGCCUCAAUAUUCUUUGUUUCUAUGAUAAGGAAAGACUCCUGUUUCCAUCAUAUAUAUUGUUUUAUAUUUAAGAUAAGUGCAAGUUAUAUUUUUAUAUGGAUUGCCCUGAAAAUUCCUGCAAGAACAGGACAGUUUUGGAACUCGAAGGGUGGAGUUACUUGGACCAGUUUUUUCUUCUUUUCUUUUCCACAUUUUCCUAACUUCUCACUGCCUGUCGCUGCCUGAAAGUGUCAAUGAUUGUUACAUUUAUGUUCAGUAUAUGCUGGAUUAUCUGAUAUUUAAUAUACAGUACCAUACCAGCUGUUUGGAUUUUUGAUGCUUUCUAAAAUACCGUAUGUCUUAGAAGCAGUCUUGUGGUGGCACAGUUGGGUGGAGGCUGUUAAGCGGAUGUAGUGAGUCCAAUUUAACAGGCCAAAUCUUUCUCUUUUUUUGUUUAUUCAAAGAUUUGUGACUGUCUCAGUCAAAUUUCUGGCCACAUUAUUUGGGUGUUUCCCUCAGAUUCUAACCAAAGGGCAUUUAUAUCUUGGACCAACAAGGAGAGCUUUGGACUCUUAGGAGGGCUCCUAUUGAACAGUACUAAUUUCUGACUUUUCUGUACUUUGUUAAAAAGUGAAGUAGCACUGAUAUUAUUGGCUGAUAUUAGCUAUUUGCCAGUCUAUCUGGAUUUAUUGGCACAAGUGUUGACGUUGCAGGGUUUGUCCACUCUGCAACUUCCCUGUUGGCAACACAUCUGGAAGGCCACAGACUGAACAACCAGGUGAUCCUAGCAGAGUUGGGCAGACUGUAAACAAAUUAAUAACUACACAUAACAAAUGUUAGGGUAAUCUGUUUUGUGUUUAAUGUGUCUGAAAGGAAAAAAAGAUAUCAGCCGAUUUUUCUGGAAUAUCCUAUUUUUAAAUCACCAAAUAUUGGCCUUAAAAAUCCCAUAUCGCUUAGGCUCUAAAGUCAAGGUCUAAAUAUACCUCUGGAUGUAGAUGAUGUCCUGUUCUAGAACUAAGUAAAUAAAGGUAAUUAUUCCACCAGCCAAAAUCCAAUUUAAAUAUUGUCAGUGUUUUGGAGUGUCUUAAAUUCUAGAACCCUGGAAUCUGGAGUUGGUGAUUUCAGGUCUAGAACUGCAUCAGCUCAUUCAGACGUAUGACAUUGAAUGUUUCCUCAUCAUAAUCAGAACAACAUGAUAUUCACAGGGCUGUUGUUCUAGUACACCCCUCCGAAUCUCAUUCGAUGGACCAAACUGAAACACACCAGGGGAACAAAAAGGGGCAUUACUUUGCUCAGGGUCACUUUGAUAGUAUUUCUUUGAUUUGUUCUUUGCUCUCACUGCUUUAUCCUUACAUUCUUCUGGUGAAUGAUACCAAUUCUGACUUCCACUUUUCUUUAAGGGCUUUCAUGUUGUAUAAUAGCACAACCUCCACUAAGCCUCAGUGGACACAUCAGAGCACCUUACAGUAGCUCUGUGCACUGCUAAUUCUGUACCUGUUGAAGCAAAAAGAAGCAUUAGCAUGUUAAAAUGACCAUCACUGUCUUUAAUUGCUCUGGCUUAUAGCUAGCAGCACCAGGUGGUCGUGCUCCUAGUCAGCUUUAUCGGCACAUCUCUACAGAUUCUAAGUCCUUUUAGCACUUUGCUACUUUACCAGGCAUUUCCAGUCCUGAAUCUGUGAGGCGCUGAGGACUGUGUUUAUGUCGGACCUUUCUGCAGAGCAGGAUUUACCUCUAAUUCCAGCAAGUAAUGAGCAGAUUUUAUCCAGUUUCAAUCCAACAUUACAGUAUUUUUUUCAACAUGUAAUUAUGAUGUGUUGCUAAUCCUAUCCUGGAAGAAAAGAAAAGUGUUCAGUAUAUGACUCCAAGUUCUCUUAUCUCUGGUUUUGGUCUCCUCCACCUAUGGGAGCUUGUUUACGCCACUGAAAAUAAACAGGCAGAGCUAAGUCUAAAUUUUGAGUUUUCUCUAAAGUUUGAGCUAGUAAGUAAAAAAUCUGAGAUAAUAACCCAAAAUUUAGACUUUUGGAUGGCAAAAAAAAAUGUUUUUUUCAGUGGCAGAAGCAUUCCAUAUCCCUCUCCCGAAGCAAAUGCUUUUCAGCAGCUUGUCUACGGUACGAAGGGUGGACAGGCAAACAAGCCAAGAGCUGAGACUCCAUAAAUCCUCUGUAGGUUUUUAUAACCACACACAAUCCUGUUCACAUAACAGCCUUUUGGAAGGAUAAUUAACAAUAGAUUGGAAUUUUCACUGCAAACAUAUUCUUGAAAAUACUGCACGAACAAUUUAGGAUUUAAAUAUCUCUGAUUGAGAAUGUUACCAUAUUCACAAUGGAGUUAGUCACUGUUACUUUCAAUCUGAAGCCUUUACAGCGCAAAUGUCAUUUCCUACAUAUGUCGUCCAGCUUACAGUCGAUCUCUGUUCAGUCUGUUUACAGUGUGGUUGAUUCCACUGUAAUUUAUUGCGGGAGGAAAGACAAUGAAUGGGAUGUGUAUGUGUCUGGUUUUCUGUUUGUUGUAAUAAAGAACUAUUGUAAAUUAGA